AUGAAACAGGGACAUUCGGAAGAGAAAGUGAACCAGUUACUGAAAGAGUAUGGUUUAAAUAUGUUGACACCACCAAGGAAAAGAUCAGAGAUUGUGGCGGCACUGAAAUGUUUAUUCGGUGGAUUUAAUUUUCUUUUGUGGCUCGGAUCGCUUGCAUCCGUUACAAGCUACAUCAUCGAAAGUCGGCAGAGCGCUGAUGUCAAGCUAGAUAAUCUCUAUAUGGGUAUCGUUCUUGCGAUUGUUGUCGUGGUCACCGGAUUUUUUGCAUACUAUCAAGAAUAUAAAAGCUCUAAAAUCAUGGAAAGUUUCGCAAGAUUGGCACCUCCUACUACCAUGGUGUUGAGAGAUGGCCAGCUGAAGAGAAUGGAUGCUACAUUGAUCGUACCAGGUGAUAUUGUACAUAUAAAGGCUGGUGAUCGCAUUCCAGCAGAUGUUCGCGUUAUCACCAGUUCUGGUUUCAAGGUAGAUUGUUCAACAUUAACUGGCGAAAGUGAACCACAGAAUCGUAGUCCCGAGUGCACCCACGUGAAUCCAUUGGAAACCAGUAAUCUGGUACUUUUCGGGACCGGUGCUGUAGAAGGAACAUGCAAGGGAAUCGUGGUGCUCACCGGCGACAGAACGAUAAUGGGACGAAUAGCUUACCUGACGUCACGAGUUGAUUCCGGAAAAACACCGAUUGCUCGAGAAAUUGACCACUUCAUUACCAUCAUUGGCAUUGUUGCCGCGACCAUCGGCAUAUCAUUUUUUUUAAUUAGUAUAAUUUACGGAUAUACGUUUGUGGAAGCCUUGAUCUUCCUUAUUGGUAUCAUUGUGGCUAAUGUUCCUGAAGGCAUCACCGCUACUAUGACGGUCUGCUUAACUUUGACGGCAAUUAAGAUGAGAGGAAAGAAUUGUCUUGUGAAGAAACUAGAAGGAGUAGAAACUCUCGGUUCAACGUCUACUAUCUGCUCAGAUAAAACCGGUACAUUAACGCAGAAUCGAAUGACUGUCACCCAUACAUGGUCCAAUGGUAAUAUUUAUGAAGUAAAUUUCCAUGAAGCCAUACUUGACAGCAAUAAUCCAAAAGAAUUGAAUUUCGAUGGCUUCGUUGGAGUCUUUAAUGCUUUCUUGCGAUGUGCAGCAUUGUGUUCUAAUGCUACAUUCAAGGAUGAGAACCGGAAAGUCAAAUUAUGGAAACGUGACGCGAAUGGCGAUGCAUCGGAAGUUGCUAUCUUGAAAUACUGCGAAUACACUUGUGGUAAUGUGACAGCCUAUCGAAAACUGUAUCCUAAAAUUUGUGAAAUUCCCUUCAAUUCAACUAACAAAUUCCAGGUAUCGAUACAUGAGCAAGAAUCUGAUGGUCGUUUCAUUUUAGUCAUGAAAGGGGCGCCAGAACAAAUCAUUGCUCGAUGUAAAACAUACCUUCAAGAUAGCGGAGAGAAGAAUUUGAUAAAAGAAGACUUGCAGAUUCUUCAAAAUGCUUACGAGUACCUUGGUAGAUUAGGUGAACGAGUAAUGGGAUUUUGCGACUUGGAGCUCGACCCAGAGAAGUAUCCAAAAAAUUUCGUAUUUUGCAUCGAUCCACUAAAUUUCCCUCUGGAAGGUUUACGAUUUCUAGGAUUCAUCUCAAUGAUCGAUCCGCCACGACCGGCUGUACCUCAUGCCGUUGAUCUUUGUCAAUCAGCUGGAAUCAAAAUAGUGAUGGUAACUGGUGAUCAUCCGUUGACAGCUGAAGCAAUUGCUAGGCAGGUCAACAUUAUUAAGGAAGGAAGCAUGAUAUUAAAGAUAAUAAAUGACGAUGAUAAGCUGAAACGAGAAAAAAUAAUGGGUAACGGCAAUAGGAACCAAAGCCAGGCAAUGAUUGUACAUGGCGAACAGCUCAAGAAAUUAUCAGAUAAAGAUUUAGGCUUUAUAGUAAAGCACUACUCAUGCAUUGUUUUCGCUCGAACAUCUCCAAUUCAAAAAUUACAAAUCGUGGAAGCUUUCCAGAAUGCGGGGCAUAUCGUGGCUGUCACUGGAGAUGGCGUUAAUGAUGCUCCAGCGCUUCGAAAAGCUGAUAUUGGUAUAGCAAUGGGAAUUGCUGGUACGGAUGUUUCUAAGGAAGCAGCUGACAUGAUCUUGUUGGAUGAUAAUUUCGCGUCCAUUGUUACAGGAGUGGAAGAAGGUCGAAUCAUUUUCGACAACUUGAAAAAGUCGAUAGCUUAUACGCUUACUUCAAAUAUUCCAGAAAUUACUCCCUUUCUAUCUUACAUCCUGUUUGGUAUACCACUUCCGAUGAGUGUUGUCGCUAUUUUGUGUAUCGAUUUAGGAACAGAUUUGUGGCCAGCUAUAUCCAUUGCUUACGAGGAAGCUGAAACGAAUAUUAUGAAGAGACCGCCGAGAAACGCCAGAGUUGACAAGCUUGUUAAUGCCAGAUUAAUGAAUUUUUCAUACCUACAAAUUGGCAUUAUGCAAGCAGCGGCUGGUUUUAUGACUUAUUUCAUCAUAAUGGCAGAAAAUGGAUUUCAUAUUCAUCGAUUACUUUGGGUUCGCGACGAAUGGGAUGACCCAAUGGUGGACGAUCUGGAAGAUAGUUACGGACAGCAAUGGACUUACAUGGCACGGAAAGAUCUGGAGCGCUGCUGUCACGGUGCUUUUUUUUAUGCAAUUGUUGUCGUACAGUGGGCCGACCUGCUAAUAUCAAAAACUCGUUACAAUUCUAUUGUACAGCAAGGAAUGAGUAACUGGAUUCUGAAUAUGGGCUUAAUAUUUACUGCAGCGCUCAGCACAUUCCUUCUUUUCACACCUUACGUAAACAAAGUAUUUGGGUUGACACCUAUCAGGCUUUCCUGGGCAAUGAUCCCAGUAUCAUUUGCAUGGCUGAUAUUUGUUUAUGACGAAAUACGUAAAUACUUCUGUAGGACGAGACCUCAUGGUUGGCUAUAUCGUGAUACUUAUUAUUGA